GCAUAAUUUAUUUAAUUUGUUUAGAGAACUAAUUAUUACUAGUUGCUAUAAUGAGUGAACACCGAAGAUUAAUCUUGGUAUGCAUUGAUUCAAGUGAUCACAGUAAAAGAGCUCUUGAUUGGUGUAUUAAGGAGAUCUAUCGGAAGAACGAUGUAUUGGGGCUCCUUCAUGUCCAUGUUGUUCCAAGUCUUUCAGGUUUUGGAGGUGAUAUCGUUGUCACGGAUAUGUACUCAGAUUCACUGCUUCUAAGUAUUGCAGCAAGUAAAGGUUUGAUGGAAAAGAUGAAGAGCUUUUGUGAAGUGAGAGGGGUAACUCCUAAACUCUUUCUUGAAGCUAUGAACGAAUCAGUUGGAAAUACUAUCUGUACUAUUGCGAAAAAACAUCAUGCUUCACUGAUUGUGUGUGGCCAAAGGGGCUUAGGAGCAUUCCGAAGAGCCAUAUUUGGUAGUGUUAGUGAUUACGUUCUUCGUCAUUCAUCAGUCACGGUCGCGACUGUCCCUCCUUCACUGUUUCCACAAAAAUUCAAUUGAAUGUAUACGUGUUUGGUUUUGGAGUUAAUUUUCGUGUGGAAAAAUUUUUGUUUUUAUUUUGAAAAACAAGAUUGUUGUAAAAUCGUUAUGAUUUAUUGAAUCAACUUCAGAUUCUGAAGUUAUAUUUAUGUUUUGCUUUGAGCAUGAUUUUUUGUGUUUCUUUAUUGUUAUUGUAUUUAUUUAUAAAAGUUUUUUUUCAUAUUUAUUUAUAAAAUAAAGAUGUAAAUGUUAAUGUUAUUUGUAAACUUGUAACUUUUAUUAAUAUAAGUAAUUUUUACUGUGUUUAAUAUUUUUACUUCACUUUUUUAAACUUGUUUCUAUAUAUCAUACACUGUGAACGAUAUCCAUAAUUUAUUUGUUUAAUAUUUGUAAAGAUCUAUCAGGUGUAGAUCUGAUUUUUUCGCAGAAUUUUUCUCAAUCAAAUAAUAUACAUGUCUAUGCUAAAGGAAUGUUUCUUCAGAUUUCAAUAUUCGUCUGAUGCAAAACGUUCCCAAUCAAAAAAUCAGUUCUAGAAUCUGUUAGCUAUCACUUUUUUAUUGCAUAUUGUGUUCUGAUUUGAAGAUACAUAGUAUUGCUUAUCUGUAAAUCAUUAUUCAAGAAUGAAAUGUUUAUCUUAAAACAGAAAAACAUUUGCAAUAUAAUAUUUUUCAUGAAUAGAAACAAAGUCGAAAAGCAUUUCUCAUAGCUUAUUUCAUGCAACAAGCGUAUUUGCCUAACUGAGCUUUCAUGGUAGCUUAGCAUAUGUAUCUCUUUAACAAGUCUGUGCUUUGUGCUUAUACAUAGAUAUGAAGUUUUCUUGCAUUUGUGUUCAGAGCUCUUGUUACAAUGUUUAAACAAUGACGUUGUGGACACGCUUUUUUUAUUGUUGAUAACAAGAUAGUUAUAUUCAUUAUUGUGUUAUGUACUACCUAUUAAAAAUUUAAAUAUUUGUGCUUAAAAAGUGUUGGAAUUAAAUGUGAUUCAAGAAAUUUAUUCUACUUCUAAUAUAAGCUUUUGGUUUGCAUAUGUGGAAUAGCGUGACAAGGGGUUGUGCAAAAGUAUAUACCACCAUUAAA